AACAAUGGACAGUUGUAUUCUGGGUCUCCUCAAACUUCGACUUAAAAGAGGUAUUAAUCUCGCAAUUCGCGAUGCUCGCGCCACCAGCGACCCUUAUGUCAUUGUCAACGUGGCCGAACAGAAGCUGAAGACUCGUGUCAUGAAAAACAACUGCAAUCCUGAGUGGGAUGAAGAACUGACCCUUUCUAUAAAGGAUGUUAACACCCCAAUACAUCUGACGGUUUAUGACAAAGACACAUUCACUGUGGAUGACAAAAUGGGUGAGGCAGAUAUAGACUUAAAACCAUAUCUUCAAUGUUUUCAAGUGGGUUUGAACAAUCUCCCGAAUGGUUCCAUAGUGAAGAGGAUUCAACCAAAUAGGACUAAUUGCCUUGCUGAAGAGAGCAUUUGCGUUUGGCAAAAUGGAAAUAUCAUCCAAGAAAUGAUUUUGAGAUUGAGAAAUGUGGAGCGUGGCGAGCUGGUUGCGGAAAUUGAGUGGAUUGAUGUUCUUGGUUGCAAAGGCUUAUCAGGGAUAGAAAUUUAACUGUGCUCCCACCCUUAUGGUU